AUGGUGGUGAACAUUUUUGUUUUAUUAAGACAGUACGGAUACUAUCCCCUUUUUUUUGGGGGGGGGGGGGGCUGGCCCUCCAAUCGAGUUAAGGAGGAAACCGACACCUUUGCAGCCUGAAUAGAGGAUGCUAUAUGUACGAGCAGGUCGCGGGGGGACCGGCUCGUACAUGGGUUAGCUGAUAACGUGACGAAAACGAUGCGUACGCUUCAAUUGGGCAUUAGUCUGUGAGUUGUGAUUCUGGAUGGCCAGAUAGCUACUAACAAUGACAAUAAACUGCCAUGAGGGGAAUUGUAAGUGACUCGUUUCAGCUAGUUUCAUCUUGUUCUUGAUAUCAUUUCUUGUUUUGAGGUGUUUUGACUGAUGCUAAUGCUAAUAUGGCUAAAAUUCGUUAGCUAGCUAACCAACAACUGUAACGAUGUAUUUGAGAGACAACAAGUGCUCGUUAUGCAAAUGUAUUUCUGUUUUCAAUAACCAUUGGAGAUUAAAUAUAUUUUACAUGUUGUCAACAAUCUAAGCCAACCCCGUCUGUUUUGCCUCACAGUUGCGCACGUGUCGGUUUUGUUACUAAACAACCAACUUGUCUAUAGCCCGCUGGGCACAUUAAAGUCAGACGCAGAUGAAAAACGAUGUAAAAGGAAUAAGAGUGCCCUCUGGCGGCCGGUUGGCCUAACCUCAAAAGUCCAAAACCUGUCCACCCCAAAAAAAGGUUUGACUGUCAGAUCAAUUGAAUAUUCACAUUUUCCAAAUAAUUCACAUCAACAAAUGCUGUCAUCUCAUCAGUGUAACGUCCAAGUAGAAACACAGGACGUAUUAAAGUGACUAUAGGUAGAUGUUAUGCACCAUCAGCUGUACUUAGAAGUCUUUCAAUACGCUGGUGAGACGUCUCAUCUUCUCCUCCAUUGUUUUCUUCUCAGUCUCAGUCUCCUCCAGGAGCUGACGCAUCUCCUCUUCCACCUGAAAUACCUGAGUCAAUAACACACACAUUCCACUAUUAACACACCUCAAUAACAAAUGCAUUAUACACCCGAGUAAAACACACACACACUGUAAUACAUCUGAUUCAUUUGCAUACAUAAUGCAUUAAGAGAUUUGCAAGGAAUUUCAAGUUAUGUGCAUGGAUCCCAAGUUAGCAUUCAUUCCUUAGUAUGCGACUGAGCAGGUCAGUGUAGUGACUGUGGUAACCAUUAUUGUAGCUACCUUCUGAUUGGCCUGUUCAAUCUGUUUCUGCUUGUCAUUGGCCAGCCGUAGGAGCUCGGUCUGAUGGGAUGCCUGUAGCGACUCCAGCUGUCGCCGGAACGCAUCGUCCAUACUGUGUAGCUUCUCUACCGCCGCUCUGGAGGGGAAACCACAAACACGGUUACACUGUUGUCAUUACUCUGACCUGGACCACUGUUGCAGGCUUGCAGCUCUUCAACCAAUGUCUUAUAUUGUCAUAUUCUCAUCUCUUAUAUGGUUCCGGUGGCUCAGUUGGUCAUUGGAGCUCGGUGUUUGCAACACCAGACUUCUGUGUUUCAUUCCCUCAUCCAUAUGGGCCACAUAUUAUGAAAUGAAUGUAUGUAUUUACCAUAGGUCACUUUGGAUAAAAGCAUCUGCUAAUGACCAUAUUAUAAUCAUAUUACUAUAAUGAUACACAGCUGGAUUAGAUAGGUAGCCCUAUAUGUUGUCCUUUUGAAGGUGUGUUAGUCAGCGUACUUGUGCGCCUGCAAGGCCUUAUCUCUCUCCUCCAGCAGCAGGCUCUCUUUAGAGUCGAAGCCCUCCUUCAUGCGUUUCACCUGGCUCUCCAGCCGGGUCAGCAGGUCAGCCUUGUCCUGCCACUUCUUAUUAGACACACUGCAGGGGAGAACAUAGAAAUAGUAAACAUGAAGUAUGUAUGAAGGAAUGUAGUGGGGACAAUGUGCAUAAAUUAAAGAAUUGAGGAUGAUGACACAAAGUCAGACAUAUUGGAUUGUGGUCCUCAGAAUUUAGUCAUAAUGGGUAAAAUCCCAAUUUGAGAUCCACAUCUGUACAACAUUUUUCAUUCAAAUCUCCCAUUUACAUCAAUGCAUGAUUUAUGGAAAUGUAUGAGUAACAUGUGGAGCUCAAGUUAAUUCAGUGCAGUGUGUUGUGUGAGUGUAUUUGUCUGUGUGUGUGUGCCGUGACCUACCUGAAGGCGGCCUUGACGUCGUCCAGCUCCAUCUCCUUGUCCUCCAGCUGUUGUUUGAGCUGCUCCUUGCGGAGGCUGAGCUGCUGCACCGUGUCUCUCAGGUCCUGCGAUGCGGCUGACUCCUCCUCCAGCUGCUGCUGCAGCCGCCGCUGGGCCUGCAGGCUCUCCUCACGCUGCCUCCGGCCCUGCUCGUCACGCUCUUGUAGGCCCUGAGGGAGAGAGAGAGAGGGUGGAGGUAGGGAGAGAGAGUGUGUGACAAGAGAGAAAUGCCAAUAGCUCUGAAAUCAAGUGCACCUCAAGUACUUGACGUAUGUUUGAACCAGGUCUGAUUUUUACUUUCUAUAAGCAACCCUUAUGGAGGAGAGACUUUAAACGGAGUAACAGGUUUGAUUUUACCACGUCCUUGAAACACCACCUGUUUGAAAGACGUGGCAUGAAAUAAUCUCAACCCGUGUUCUGUUACAAGUUGAGGUGUCUGUUUGAACUACUAGCCCACAGCUCGGACACCCAUGCAUACCCCACAAGACAUGCCACCAGAGGUCUCUUCACAAUCCCCAAGUCCAGAACAGACUAUGGGAGGCGCACAGUACUACAUAGAGCCAUGACUACAUGGAACUCUAUUCCACAUCAGGUAACUGAUGCAAGCAGUAGAAUCAGAUUGAAAAAAAACAGGUAACAAUACACCUUCUGGAACAUUGGGGACUGUGAAGAGACACACAAAAGGUACAGAGACAUGUAUACGCACACAAGAACACACACACUCUAAACACAUGUACAUUGUAAUAUUGUUGUAUGUUGGUAUUAUACACUUUGUCUUGUAGAUAUGUAGUGGUGUAAUAAUGUUAUGAUGUACUGUUUUAUCUUUUGUUUUAUAUGUAAUGUUUUAAUGUGUUUGGACCCCAGAAAGAGUAGCUACUGCCUUGGCAGCACCUAAUGGGGAUCCCUAAUAAAUACAAAUACAUCACACAUAUUCCUUGGCAAAGUUGUCAAAAUGCUCCCUUAAUGACUCCUGUUAAAGUUCCCAUGUAUUGGUUCAACAACACCAGUGUGUAUAUAAAGAAUGGGCCUGUGCCUAAUAGACAACAUUAGUUCUGAAGAGUCAUUGUUUCAGAAUGAGGGGUGCUGUAGUUCUGCUGGUGUUGUUCUGUCUGUCUGGGGCAUGGGCUCAGGGAGAGAGUGGAGGGGUCAGAGAGAAUGACAUCACACAACAGGGUCUAGGUGAAGGGGGAGAGAGCUGGGAAAGUGAUGCUGAACAGCUGACCAAUCAACCUGACAUCUGGACUGAGCUUUAG